AUGGCGCCUCUUGUAGAUGUGCUAAGAAUGGUUAACAAUGAAAGGAAACCCGCAAUGGGCUGCAUAUAUGCCGCAAUGAGGGUAGCGAAGGAAUGGAUUGAAAAAACUUUCAGUUCAAAUUCAAGCAAGUACAAAGCCGUAUUUGAAAUCAUUGAUAAAAGAUGGGAGUGUCAACUUCAUCAUCCGCUACAUGUUGCAGGUCACUAUCUCAAUCCUGAAUAUUAUUAUUCUAAACCAGAAAUUGAGACCAAUGCUAGAUUGGUGAGAGGCCUCCGUAAGUGCAUUGAGACACUUAGUGAAAGUGAUGAAGUGGAGGAUUUGAUUUCAGUACAAUUGGCACAAUACCGGGGUGCUAUAGAUCUCUUUGCUGAGUGGUGGAAGUCUUAUGGAGCCGAAACUCCGGAGUUGCAAUUGUUGGCUAUUAAAGUGUUGAGUUUGAGUUGCAGUGCUUCCGGAUGUGAGCGUAACUGGAGCAUCUUUGAGCAUAUUGCAAGACUUGGUGUUUAUCUAAGUAUAAUCAAAGCUUUGGUAGAGAGUUUUGAAAUUCGGGAUAAAAUUGAUCCUAUGGAAUUUAGCAAAAUUAAUUUCCACACCGAAUGGUUGGUGGGAGAGAGGGAAAAGGUAGGAGAUGAUGGUGAAGAUUUGGUUGAUCCAAAUCAUGAUUUAACUUGGACUCAAGUUGCCGAUGCUAGUGGGGCUAAUGAGCCUUUAAUCUACACUAGGAGGUCAAUGGCACGACGAUAA